CCACGAGAACCCAUGCCAUGCAUAUAUAUUUUAUAUAUAUAGCCGAUUCCACUUUCACACUCAACAUAGAAACUUGCAGCCAUGGAAGCAAUGUUGAAUUUAGAAGACAAAUGGAACCUAACGACUCAACAAGCACUCCUCCUAUUUGCAUGCACUGCCUUUGCUCUCAUCGGCCUUUGCACUGCAACCAUGCUGAAAAGGAAGGCCCACAGAAAGCAAAUGGCGAACCAAGACCCAGCAGCUUCUGAUACCUACCAGCUUCGUUAUAAUAACUGGGUCAGAAUAAGGAGGAUGCUGAUGGAGGCUUUUAGGUGGAGCAAAGCAAACAAGUGGGAAGAGAAGAGAGUUGGGAACUUGGGAGAGACGUCACCGCUACCGCCACAGCCACAGCCACAGCCACUUCUUGGGUUUGAAGAUUGUGAGUCGUCGGUGAGUUUUGACUUGGGGUCUCAAAGCCAUAACUCGGUGUCACCAGUGUGGCAGAGACCAAUACUUAUGGGGGAGAAAUGUGAGUUGCCGAGGUUUAGUGGACUUAUUCUCUACGAUGAAAGAGGAAGACUUCUUCAUCACUCCCUCGCAUCAGCGCACAAGGAAAAUUUACACCAUGAAAAACGGGCCGCCGUUUUGAAAACUACUCUCAGGGAUUUGCUGUAAUUUGCGUUUGGGUUAUUGUUGUUCAAAGUAUAGGUAAGUUGAAGUAAUCUGGGGUUUGAGCUCAACAAUAUUUUUCCAAUUUUCAAUGUGGAUAUCAAUGACCCUUUUUGUACAAAAAUAAAGUAAGACAUUUUAGCACAAAUUUUACAUUUUAAAUAUUUCUAAUAUAUUUUUUUGAAAUUAAAAAAAAAAAGAAAUUUAGAGAAAAAAAAAUUAGGAAGUUGACAAAUCUAGUUAGCAUGCAAUGUUUCAGGAGGUCAGACACUUGCCUAAUUAGAUUUGCAUAUGAUCAAAAGCCAUCACGUGUUUAUACUUUUAUUUUUGGUUGAAGCACGUGUUUAUGCUAAACAAUAUAUUUUGGAGAAAUUAUUUUAUGCAAUUAUUGUAUAUAAAAUGAAUAGAUUUUAAAUAUUAAUAAUAAUAUGAUUCAUAUGAAUUUCAUUA